AUGGAAAGAAAACGCCUGAAGAAAGAGAUUGAAAAACUCCUGGGAGAUUAUGUUGGCAUCAGACUACGAGAAAAUGAAUUUGAUCCAGGAGGACAAAGGCAGCCCACCUUUCUAGAUGACAUGGUCCAUUACAACUUAGCCUUCAGUGUUGCAUUGCUGUGGCUAAGUGACAUGGAUGCUCAGACUGCACUGACAAGAGAGAAAAUGAAUUUUGCAGCUCACAACCGAUACACGUAUCCCAACCGAAUUGAGAGAGAAGCUAUGAUAUUAUCUUCAUAUGCUGGAAAAUUAAUGAACAGCAUUCCUAUUGAAGAGAUCUUUGAGGUUUACAGCAUGAGGCCCUCAGCCACACACUGGCAGAGCUCUGCAAAUGACCACUGGAUUCAACCUUUCAAGCUCUCCCUGCAUCCAUUUGCCAUGCUGACUGCCCCUAAAGCUGCAGAGUAUGCCUGGAAGCAAGGCAUCAAGUACCCGACAGCAGCAGCAUAUCAAAAGACCAACCCACGUUCAGCAAGUAGAGCUAAAAAGGACAGCAAGCAACUGGACUCACUGACUAGACGGAAGCAACAGGUUGACAAAGUAGGUCUGAAGAAUUCACACAAGCCAGUAAAACUGUUUUUGCAACACUACCACUGA